CACAGGUGCACAGGUCACAGACGAGUUCUCUGUUCUGCGGUCAUAAAAUUUAUCAUAGUUUAUAGAGUAUUUUAUUUUAGCCUAAUAUAAAUUUAAAUAUAUUAUUCUUAAUUUUAGUACAAAUACAAAAAUGGAGUCAGAAAUGUCCACAUGUGACCAGGGGACAGAUUUACCAUCACAAGUCUCAGAGCACUAUUCAUUGAGUAGUAAAUCAGAUUCCAGGUUGACUAAUGCCAUUGAAAAGGAAGUGUGUGUCAUCGGCGAAUCCAGAGAUGACUUGACGCCUCGCCUCUGCUGAUCUGGUGAACUGUGUUGGCGAGCUGAGGGGGGGGGGUUGGCACCUGGGUGUGAUGGUAUCACUGCAUAUAUGAUCAAGGACUCUUUGGUGUAUUUGAAGGUCCCUCUCCUACAUAUCGUCAACUCAAGCAUAUUGCAGGGGGUCUUUCCACAUGCCUUCAAGCUUGCCAAGGUUUUGCUCAUCUACCAAUAAGGGUGGUGGAGUAGCCGAAGAAGUAUUAGUAAGGUUGGAGGAUUCGUUUGAAGGCAGCAAUCAACAGAAGUUAUGUCCAUACAAGAUGGCGACAGUUACUGUUAAAAAGGAGGAGGAGGAUGAUGAUGAUGAUAGCAGCCAGCAACCAGCUGCAGUGGAAGAUGAUUGCAGCCAACAAGAUUAUCUAAUCCCUGGCUACAACAUGAUCUUCAUCAAAGAGGAUGCAUAUGACGAGCAAGAGGCUGAAGGAAGUUCAGUGAUGAGCGAACCAGAGAUGUGGCCUUCAAACUGCAAUACAUCUGGCCGAGACUAUGCAACAGAAGUGGGUGGACUGAAUGAGCAUUCAAUCUCUCCAGUGGAAAAAUGUACCGAGACAUAUGUGGCUGGAAAAAAGACCAAGCUUUACAGCUGUGCUCACUGUAGCUAUAAGACAUCAAAGUUUAGUCAUUUGAAGAUACACAUUAGAAAACACCCUGGAGAAAAACCUUUCAGUUGCGAGUUUUGUGAAUUCAAAAGUGCUAAGUUAGGUAAGUUGGAAGUACAUAUCAGAACACAUACAGGAGAAAAACCUUUCAGCUGCGAUAUUUGUGACUACAAAAGUGCUAGGUUAGAUACUUUGAAAAAGCAUAUCAGAACACAUACUGGAGAAAAACCUUUCAACUGCGAGUUUUGUGAUUUCAAAAGUGCUAGGUUAGGUGAUUUGAAAAGACAUAUCAGGACACAUACUGGAGAAAAACCUUUUAGCUGCGAGUUUUGUGACUACAAAAGUGCUGAUUUAGGUAAGUUGACAAUACAUAUCAGAACACAUACGGGAGAAAAGCCUUUCAGCUGCGAGUUUUGUGAUUUCAAAAGUGCUAGGUUAGGUAAUUUGAAAGCACAUACCAGAACACAUACUGGAGAAAAACCUUUCAGCUGCGAGUUUUGUAACUACAAAUGUUCUGAGUCAAAUAAGUUGAAAGUACAUAUCAGAACACAUACAGGAGAAAAACCUUUCAGCUGCGAGUUUUGUGACUACAAAAGUGCUAGGUUAGAUACUUUGAAAGAACAUAUCGCAACACAUACUGGAGAAAAACCUUUCAACUGUGAGUUUUGUGACCACAAAAGUGCUAGGUUAGGUGAUUUGAAAAUACAUAUCAGAACUCAUACAGGAGAAAAACCCUUCAGUUGCGAGUUUUGUGACUACAAAAGUGCUCAUUCAGGUAAUUUGAAAGAACAUAUCAGAACACAUACAGGAGAAAAACCUUUCAUCUGCAAGUUUUGUGACUACAAAAGUGCUAAGUUAGGUAAUUUGAAAGAACAUAUCAGAACACAUACAGGAGAAUAACCUUUCAGCAGCAAGUUUUGUGAUUACAAAAGUGUUACGUUAGAUCUUUUGAUGAUACAUAUUAGAACACAUACUGGAGAAAAACCUUCCAGCUGCGAAUUUUGUGAUUUCAAACGUGAUAAGUUAUAGGUAAUUUGAAAGCACAUAACUAAAAAAAUACUGGAGGAAAACAAUUGAGCUGCGAGUUUAUUUAAUUCAUUUAUUUAAUCAUUCAGGAUUACACAACUUGAAAAAAGACAGAAAAGUACCACAUGCUUACACCCAAAACGGUUCCAAUUCUAAUUUAUACAACAAUCCAAAUGUAGCUAGGUUAUGUGUCACUUCAACAUAUCUUCAAUUACACAGUCAAUUUACAAUUAAAAACACAAAAAUCAUGUCAAUCAUAAAUUGAAAAAAUACUUCUAAAUCAAAUUAAAUCAAUUAAAAAUAUUCAGAAAACUCCAAACUUUAAAAAAACAUAUUUGUUUUUUUGCAAGUUUUGUAACUACAAAAGUGCUUAGUUAGAUACUUUGAAAGCACAUACUAGAACACAUACAGGAGGAACAAUUUCUAUCUAAGCAUUUAUAAUGUUCAACUACCACAGCAUCAACAAACCACAGCUCCAACACAACACAGCUUCAACAAACCAUAGCUCUGAUUACAGAGAAAUCAUAGCUCACUAGACAUCUUAAGACACACACUGGAUAAAGACUCCUCAGCUGUGAUUUCUGUGACUAAAAAGCAACACGAAAAUCAAAUCUCAACACUCAUCUAAGGACACACACUGGAUGAAGACCCUUCAGCUCUGACUUCUGUGACUAAAAAGCAACACAAAUGACACACCUCAUCACUCGUCUAAGGACAUACACAGGAGAAAGAUCCUGAUCACAGUUCAUGUGGAUAAAUAAUAAAAAAGUAAUAAAUUCACCAUUAUGAUUCUAAACAAAAUUUAUAAUCUCAUCUUAUUGCAUUGGAAAUCUUGAACUUUAUCACUUCUUUUACCGAUUGUAAACAUAUUUUGAACUUAUGAUGAGUUGUGUAUAACAUUUAGGAAGGAAAAUUGAUUAAAGCCUACUUUAAUAUAGACUAGUAAAGAUAAUUUUUAAAAACACUAAUAAAGUUUGAAACAUC